GAAGUGCGAGAGAAACAUGGACCAAUCGCAAGGCUUGAAAUAGACGUUGAGAGUAUGUCGUGAUUGAUCCAAUUGAUGUCCAGUCGUCUGAUGCCACCGGGGUCACUGAAGGCUAUAAAAGCGACCCAGCCACAACUAUAUAUAUUUAUAGGACACAACUAUAGUAGGGAGAAGGGAAAUAGUCCGAGAAGGGAAAACUACACACAGUUAACCAUGUUCUUAGCUUUUGCGAUGAACGUUGUGAAGGUGGUUGCAGGUGUCCUAGACAUCAGCACCGUUCUGGUCCUGCUCGUGUCGUUCCUCGCGACGGCUGUCCUACUCGGGCGGCUGAAGAGGCCUCGUCUCCCGCCGGGUCCGCGAGCCUGGCCGGUGAUCGGUAACCUGCCCAGCCUCACCAAACAGCCGCACCUGAAGUUCACCGAGUGGCGCCAGCAGUACGGCGACGUUUACACCGUCAGGAUGGGGUCCGACGACGUGGUCAUCGUGAACGGCUGGGAGGCCGUGCGGGAGGCCCUCGUCAAACAAGCCGACGAGUUUGCCGACAGGCCCCGCUUAUUCGUGUUCGACCGAAUCGGGCACGGUGGGAAAGGUGUGAUAUUCGGUCACUACAACUCAGCAUGGAAGGCCAACCGCAAGUUCUUGACGACAACCCUACGAGACUUUGGUCUAGGGAAAAAGUCCAUGGAGCUCCGGAUCCAGGAAGAAGCAAAUGAGCUCUGCAAUUGGCUUGCUAGUUACAACGGCCGUCCAAUAGAAACGGGGAAUCUUCUGUCCAAUGCCGCCUCUAACAUCAUUUGUUCCGUGGUGUUCGGCUCGAGGUUCGCGUACGACGACCAAGAUUUCCGACGGAUGCUGGAUCUCCUCGAGCGCGGGACUCGCCUGUCGAUGGUCGGGCAAAUCUUCAACUUCUUCCCGUGGGCUCGCUUCGUCCCCUUCCUGUCCCGGCUCGGCAACGAAGUCAUGGACAACUGUGACAAGAUCGACGACUUCUUAAAGAAGAUCGUCCAGAAACACCAGGACAGUUUCGAUCCUGAGGUAAAGAGGGAUGUCAUCGACGCGUAUCUUCACCAGAUGUGGAGGGGCAUGGACUUGAACUCGAACGAUCUCGCGGGCAACUUCAGCGAGGAGUGUCUUGUGGCGCUGAUUUUUGACCUGUUCAUAGCAGGUACGGACACGUCCAUGAACACACAGCGCUGGGCACUGCUGUACCUGGCCACUCACCCAGACAUCCAACGGGAGGUUCAAGAGGAGGUGGACCGGGUGGUGGGCCGGGACGCGCCGGUCUCCCUCGCACAUCGCCCCGAGAUGCCUUACACCGACGCCUUCCUACACGAGGUGCUCCGGAUCCGCCCACCCGGACCGCUCUCCGUGCCGCACAUGGCCGGGCCUGGUGCUACUCUCAACGGCUACGAAAUCCCACAAAACACACAGGUGUACGCCAACCUGUGGUCUCUUCACAUGGACCCGGAGUACUGGCCCGAGCCCGAGCGGUUCGACCCCGCAAGGUUCAUCGGGCCUGACGGGAAGGUGCUAACCAACCCGCCAUCAUACGCGCCUUUCAGCCUAGGGCGUCGGGCAUGCCCUGGAAAGCAGCUGGCAAAGUCGGAGGCCUUCCUGUUCCUUGUCACCAUGGUGCAGCGCUUCAGUUUCAAGUUGCCAGAGGGCGCUCCUGUCCCACCUAUGGAUGGGGUCAUGGGUUUCUCCCUCGCCGCUCAGCCCCACAGUCUGUGCGCUAUCAGUCGCAAUUAGAUUAAUUUGUAAGAACUUCAUAACUUUGUACGAACUUCAGAAGAACGGGACUCCCAAGCAAUACAACCUCUUCAGAGUUGUGAUGUUUUAGAAAUAUAAAGAAACCCAUAGAUGUAUAUAUUGGUCAGAAGAUAACAAACAUUUUACCGCAA